GUGCCGAUAGCUCGUCGCUUUUUUUCCUUAAUCAGAUUACCACGGCGAUCCAGCAGAAAAUGAAAUGCGUGCGACCAGUACGAAGUAAACCUAAAUUUCUCCGUAAAACGAGGUCAGAAUGAGAUAUCCGUUAACUGACCAGUCGAGUGUCGAACGUUCAACAAGGAGUACUAUCCAUCUGACGAAGAGAUGUUCUUCCGCGGUCAUUAAAUCCGGCAUCGUUAAGGACGCGAGAUGAGGGCUGCCUGUUUGCUACUCUUCUUCGCUGUUCUUUGCAUUCAAAGCUCCUUGCAACGAAUUAACAAGAGAGCUUCUGAUUCGGAGAGAACGUUAGAAACAUCCGUAGACAAUGACAUAUUGGCUCUUACGAAAAACGGCGAUUCCAAGAAGAACGAAGAAGAUUGGAAGAUGAAGAAAUUACAACAAUUGCUGAAACAAGUGACGAAUUCCACGUCGAACACCACAACUCAGGUGACCGCUACGAAACAAGGUCCUUGUCAAUGCGGAGGAGGUGUCUGCGGUUGUUGCUCUAGAAUUUUAUUCGACACUUGGAAACAGAAAGCAUGCGUGAAUGUGACGUACGAUCCGGAUGAGUUUAGCUUUACCGCGAAGAUUUCGAUGAAUAAUAGAGUUCUGUAUACAAGAACCAUAUCUGGAAAGAAUCCUCGGCCAAUAUGUGUGCCAGUGCCACGACUUCCAAUCGUUAAAGCGUGUGUUCGAUUUUAUAACAUUUAUUUCCAGGGCAGGAAUAUUCAUGCGUGUAUAAAUAUGGAGGGGAAGUUUCAAGAUUUCACGAUAUUUAAGGUCGGAUUAGAUUGCAUUAGAUUCGGUGUAAACGGUUUGGCUCUGGUAAAGCCAGAGGACGGAGGUGGAUUAGGUCAAAUAGAAUUCUUGCCAGGUGAUGACGAUGAUGAGGAUGAAGACGAUUAUGAUUACGACGACGACGACGACGAUGACGACGAUUUACUUGAUUUCUGA